AUGGCCAACGCGGCCACUGCCCCACUCCUAACGAGAAGCCAGGAGGCCCCGGCGUCGAAGGAGCCAUCCAUCGAUGACGUCAUCGAGAUGUACAUCGGCGCCACCGGCGUCAUGCAGCUGCUCAAGGCCGUCUUCGUCGCAUUCGCCUGGGCCUUCGACGCGCAGCAGGUGUUCAUCUCCGCGUUCACGGACGCCGAGCCGCGGUGGCAUUGCCUCACCGCCGCCUCGGCCGGCAAUGCUUCGUGCUCCCCGGCCGCGGUCUCGCCCUGUGAUCUCCCGCCGGGCUCGUGGGCGUGGGACCGGCCAGCCGUGGCCUCGGUCGUCUCCGAGUGGGCCCUCAACUGCGCCGGCCCGGCGCUCGUCUCGCUUCCGGCGUCGUCGUUCUUCGCAGGCUGCCUCGCCGGCGGGUUCCUGCUCACGACGCUCGCGGACUCCCUCCUUGGCCGCAAGAAGAUGCUCCUCGUGUCGCUGGCGUCCACGUCCAUCGCCGGCGUGCUCACCGUCUUCGCGCCCAACAUCUGGGCGUACGCCGCCCUGCGGUUGGUGUCCGGCUUCUUCAGGUCGAUGGUGGGCACGUGCACGCUGGUCCUCUCCACGGAGCUCGUCGGGAAGCGGUGGCGCGACACGGUGAACGUGACGGGGUUCUUCUGCUUCGCCGUCGGGUUCUUGUCCCUCCCGGCACUCGCCUACGCGUUCCGCGACGCGUCCUGGCGGAACUUGUACGUCUGGACGUCCGUGCCUUGUAUCUGCUACUCCGUCCUUGUCUACUUCCUUGUCCAGGAAUCGCCGCGGUGGCUCCUGGUGCGCGGCCGGAAGCAGGACGCCAUGGAGGGGCUGCGGCAGAUCAUGUCGCUCAACGGAAGCUGCGCAACGGCCACCAGCUUCUCCAUGCUGGACGCGUGCGUGGUGCACGAGGACAACGCCGGGGCGAGCGGCGAGGGCGUUUUCGCCGCGCUGCAGGCCAUGUCGGGGCGGCGGUGGGCGCUCCGGAGGCUGGCGGCGAUCAUGGCGACCAGUUUCGGCGUGGGGAUGGUCUCCCUAGGCAUGCCGCUCAACGUCGGCAGCCUUGGCUCCAACCUCUACCUGAGCGUCACGUACAACGCGCUGGCCGAGCUGCCGUCGGCCGUCCUCGCGUGGCUCCUCAUCCGCAGGGCCAACAGGCGGAGCUCGGUGGUCGCGCUCACCACGGCGGCCGGGGCGUGCAGCCUCGCGUGCGCCGCCGUCCCGCGGGGCGCCGCGGCGGCGCGGAUGGCCGCCGAGGUGCUGUCCUUCUUCGCGGCGUGCACGGCGUUCGACGUCAUGCUGGUCUACUCCACCGAGCUGUUCCCGACGUCCGUGCGCAACUCGGCGGUAGGGCUGGUGCGGCAGGCGCUGGUGCUGGGCGGCGUGGCGGCGCCCGUGCUCGCCGCGCUGGGCCGCGAGAGGAGCUUCUGGUCGUUCGGCGUGUUCGGGGUCGCCAUCGGGUGCUGCGGCCUGUUCGUCGCCAGCCUACCGGAGACGAGGGGGAAGAGCAUGUCGGACACCAUGGCGGAGGAGGAGGAGCGCAACGACGGCGCCGUCGCAUCGUGCACCGGCGCGACUGCCGGCCGGUAGCACCGAUAGCGACAGGUACGCCGUGUAAUUGAUUACGCGAGGCCAUGUUGGUUUCACGGUACAGUAGUUUCUGCUUCAUCAGGUCAACCACGUAGCUUAGCUGUCAGAGUGUCGCUCGUGUGAUAU